GUGUCUCUAUGCACGAAUGUGGAUCAUUUCAUUACUUUCUCGUUGAUCCACGAAGAAUGCCGGCGAAAUGGUUUCACUUACGUGCGGCACUUCUGUAUGGCGCGUGUUUUGCACGCGGGAGACUACUCUAGGUGAACAAUAUUUCCCACCGGUAAAGGCCGGAUGUAUUAAAAGAAGUCUCCGGAGAUGUCGUUAAAUGUAAAUAGCAUCGAAUAACCAAAAAAUGUUAUAGCAGCGCGAAUAGUCAAAGGCUUUUUGUGCGGUCAACGUCGGUCAUGAACUCGUGAUAACUGCUCCCUAAAAUUUCUUUUAUUCGGGAGUAGUUUGCCAAUGGUUCUAUCGGUGUAUUAGGAGACGACGAAUUGUUGACCUAUUUAUAUGUUCUUUGUAUUCAACGCCAUGGUAUUCGGUCCUGUGAGGGCGUGCCGGUAAUUUGGUUGCCAGCGGUUUUUGUGUAUUCAUCUUUUCGCGGGGACGAUGUCACAGUAAAAGCGAAGGUCGUCGGACUGAGUAGCCAUGUCAAUAUGGACCUGUCUUGUCCCGCUAAAGUCAAUUAAUCGGUGGCAUGUAUGGAGGAGCUUACAUCAAUUAUGGAAACCAUGCGUUGCGGGGAGAUAACGGACAAUAUUGUGUUUACUGCAGCUGGGACGGUCCCCGUGUCUGCCGCAAGUACACUGCGAAUUGGCCACAAUAUGUCAGUCAACGCGGAUGUCACCUUACCGGCUUCGGAUUUUAUGCCGGAAUAUUCUCCAUACUCCCGCAAUUACGUGUACAAUGUGACCAUCCUCAUCCUCCUCACUUACGGCGGUGAACUGCCGUCCGAUUUGUGGAAGACAGGCGGGGCCAUUGAAUUAGCCGUGCGCACUGUGCGGCAGACCAUCUUACCGGAAGUUUAUGUCAGGUAUUAUAUGGCUUCCCGGCCGAGAUUUGGUGAUUGCUAUGAAGAAGAGAAUCACGGCGGUCAUAUGCUGACGAAAUUCGCCAUGCGUGAUGCGAAACUGAUGGGAUAUCCGCCGGUUGGACUAUUUGUCGGACCGGGCUGCACAAAAGCAAUGGAGAGUUUGGGUCGUCUCACAGCAGAUAUGAAGCUGCCUCAUGUUUCGUCGCAGGCAUACAGUUCUAUUUUUGACGCUAAAAACAUCUUCAGAACAACAACAAGAACAGGCAUUACGAUGAAAACACUGUCUCGUUUUGUCCAUUUGUUUUUGGACCAGUACAAUUUUACGAGUGUGUCGCUUAUUUAUGAUGAUGUGAUGCGCUACUCCUCCGUGGUGGGUUCGGAUCUCUACCGCUCAUUUUAUUUCCGUACAAAAAUUCUCAUGAAUCCCAUAACCUUAUCGUUUCGUGGCGUAACGGAUUUUACCAAUUUGCUCUACCAAGCAUCCAACGGCUCUCGCGUGAUAUUUGUCUUCGGGACAGGUGCUACUGUAAGGCAGAUUAUGCUGCAGGCCUACGACUUGCAAAUGACCAACGGCGAAUACGUAUUCAUUACAUGCAACUGGUAUUACGAUAAUUAUUGGGGAAAGUUUACUUGGAAAAGAAACGAUGGCCGCGAUGAAGAUGCAAAAACAGCAUACAAGUCACUGUUUGUCAUCAAGGAAGCCCCUCCACCAGUAACACCUACUGAUAACUAUAAAGCUUAUCAAGAAUUCGACGAAAAAGCUAAAGAAAUUGCCUGGAGUCGAUAUGGAUUUUCUUUCGAUCAACAGGAAGAGAUUUCACCGGCAGUAGCGGAAAUGCACGAUGGAAUAAUUUUGUGGGCAACUGCAUUAAACGAAACCCUGUACCAAAGGGAAGACCCGAAAGACGGGAUACGGCUCACUAAGCAGAUGUGGAACCGAAAGAUAAAAGGCAUCAACGGAACCAUAUAUAUUGAUCAAAAUGGUGACAGGGAUUGCAGUUAUUUUAUCCACCAAAUGGACUACAACACCGGAUUAUUUAUACCGGUCAUAUAUUACGUCGGCAGUGGUCACGAUUUGGAAUUUGUACGUCCUAUAAAAUGGUACCUUCGCGAUCGUCCACCGCCAAACGAACCGGAAUGUGGUUAUACCAACACAAAGCUGAUAUGCUUAUUAAGAAAUGAUCCCACAAAGGUCAUCGGCGCCGCAGUUGGUGCAGCCGCGGCUGUGAUGAUUCUGGUUUCCGUUAUCGGAUUUCUUAUUUACAGAAAAAUUAAAAUGGAACAAGCGUUGAAAAAUACAUGGUGGCGGAUUAAUUUUGACGAAGUGAAAUUCCAUGUUCGAGCCAACACAUCUAGUCGACGUUCGUUAAAAUAUACCGAAGAUGCCGACGAAGAAGCCAUGAUGGCGGUGGCGACGUAUAAAGAUCGUCCGGUGAUGGUGCGCAGUUUGAAAUUGUCCCAGAAAAUUGACGUCAGCCGGGACUUUCUCGUCUAUUUGAGCAAACUGCAUACGCUCACCCAUGAAAACCUGGCCAGAGUGGUGGGAAUCUGUGUGGAGCCGAAUCGUGAAGCAAUAUUGACAGAGUUCUGCUCAAAAGGCAGUUUGAAUGACUUAUUGGGCAACGAGGAUAUGAACCUGGACUGGGGAUUCCAGUCAUCGCUAAUUACGGAUCUUGUAUCGGGUCUGAACUUCCUGCACAACUCCUUCGUGUCUUCCCACGGUGACCUUAACAGCGGCAAUUGCGUGAUCGACAGCCGGUUCACGUUAAAGAUCACCGAUUAUGCCUUUCCGCAGUUCCGCAAUGUCUUUCUCUUGCCGGUCACCACCGCCGGACAGGAUAUUGAAUACGGCGCCUUAUUAUGGCGCUCACCGGAACUCCUGCGCGACGGCAUGCCCCAUCCCAACGGUACUCCGAAAGGUGACGUGUACAGUACGGCUGUUAUUCUCUCAGAAAUCGUUACCCGCCGGGAACCCUACACCAUCGCCGAUCCCCUUAUCCCGGACUUCACGGCAUCCGAGAUCAUCCAUCAAGUGGUCAACGUCCAGGAUCCGCCCUUUCGACCGGUAAUUGCGCCGACGGAAUGUCCGCCGGCUGUGGCUGAUAUUAUUAAACGCUGUUGGGAAGAGAAUCCCAAAGAUCGCCCGCCGGUACACGAAGCCCAGACGCUGCUGAAGGAUAAUGGCGUCGCCAAGGGCUCGGUGAUGGAUAACAUCAUUCGGCGGAUGGAGCAGUAUGCUGCCAAUCUGGAGGCUACAGUGGGCGAUCGGACAAAGGCGCUCAUGGAGGAAAAGAAGAAAGUGGAAGAGCUGCUAUACGAGAUACUGCCACGGGCCGUUGCUGAUGCACUAAAGGCUGGCCAACAGGUUCCUCCUGAAGCCUUCGAAAUGGUCACCAUAUACUUCAGCGAUAUAGUAGGAUUUACCACAAUUUCUGCAAAAAGCACAGCAUUCCAGGUUGUCGAUCUCCUGAAUGAUCUAUAUGUGGUGUUUGAUGGGAUCGUUGCCGGUUACGAUGCAUACAAGGUAGAAACAAUUGGUGACGCAUACGUCGUUGCCAGCGGCGUUCCCAAGCGCAACGACAAUCGUCAUGCUCCGGAAAUUGCCAGACUAGCACUGAAUUUUCGUCACUCCACAGCGGAAUUCAAAAUCCGCCACUUGCCCAAUGAUGAACUGAAAUUACGUAUUGGCCUGCAUUCAGGAUACUGUGCAGCAGGAGUGGUCGGGGUCAAAAUGCCGCGCUACUGCUUGUUUGGAGAAACUGUUCAAAUGGCGAACAAAAUGGAAUCCACUGGCCAGCCUUCCAAAAUUCAAAUAAGUGAGACUAUGAAAAAGAUUUUGGAUGAAUUUCCGGAUACCUUUGAUGUAGAAUUCCGACAUUCUCUGGAAAUGCCCAAUAAGCCGUCCAUCAACACUUACUGGCUGCUCGGAGAAAAGAAUCGAGUCUCCAUACGAGUGACCGAGUCUUAAAAUUUUGAGGCCGAAGGCAUUCCUGCCAUUUUCCUACUUCCAGAUUUUUCAUAAAAGUGCCUCAUGCUGUAAAUGUUGAUGUGAUUAUGUUGCUAGUAUGUGCUGUUGAAACCUGAGAUUUAAAAUUACUGGGAGAAAAAGCUUUCGUCUUUCUACAGUUUAUUGUACGAGUAUCAUAUCUAUAUUUUGAUUUACUUAGACACAAGCAAAAACUUUCAUUUCCCGCGAAAGACAAUAAUUCAAUGUUGUGCGCUCCUUGUUCGAUCCAUCGGUUUUGCUCUUUUAAUCGGAUGAAGGGCUUGUAAUAAAAUACUUACCUC